AUGCGUUCCCACGCACGAACCGGCCUCAUCGCCGCCUUGGCCCUAGCAACGCAACUCCUCGUCGUCGUAUCCGCACAAGAAGACCGGCCCAAAGGAAACUUCCGUCAAUGUCUCGAAGUCAGCCCCGAAUGCCCCGUCUUCGCAACGCUCUACGGGUAUCGCCCUAAUCUAGGCGCCAACGCCUUCCUCUGCGCCCUCUUCGGUAUCCUCUGCAUCGGCACGCUCGUCGUGGGUGUUCUGAGCCGCACAUGGACCUACACUGCCGCACUGGCCGUCGGAACCUUCCUCGAAGCAGCGGGAUAUGCGGGCCGUGUCAUCAUGAAUGACAACCCAUGGAGCGAGUCUGGAUUCAAAUUGCAGAUUUGCUGCUUGGUUCUGGGCCCGAGUUUCGUUGCUGCUGCGAUUUACCUCACGCUCAAGCACUUUGUCUUGUACUGUGGACCUCAGCAUUCGCUGCUCAAGCCGCGUCUUUACCCUUGGAUCUUCAUUGGCUGCGAUUUCGGUUCUAUCGUUCUCCAAGCUUGCGGUGGUGGUAUGGCGGCCGCGGGUGGCACAACGAACAAGGCGCUCAUCGACGCGGGUAACAACCUGAUUGUCGCCGGUAUCGCGUUCCAGGUCGUCACCAUGGCGGUGUGUGGCGCUCUUGUCGUCGUCUACGUGUUCCGGUACCGCAAGGCGAGAAACCAGCAGGCUAUGGGCGAGAAGAGCUCGUAUGAAAUGGAUAAGGAGACGGGAACUGUGCGCCUGGCUAAGAUUAAGCUGUUUGGCUGGAUGAUCGUCCUCGCGUACACGACUGUGCUUAUCAGGUGUAUCUACCGCUUGCCCGAGAUGGCUGGUGGAUGGGGAAACUCGCUCAUGAGGAAUGAGAAGGAGUUCUUGCUCCUCGAUGGAAUGAUGUUGGCUAUCGCUUGCACGGUGCUGACGUGCUUCCACCCUGCGUACUUCUUCCCUCCUUUCGCUGCUUUCCGCAACCGCAAGUAG